UCGAUUCCGCAUCCAAACUCUCUUUCCUACACUUGUUGAAUCUGUCGCGACAAAUUUAUCAUGAGUGGUGUAGAAGCUGAAGAUGCCAAGAAGGAGGUCGCCGAGUGCGAAAAAGAAAUCGGCACCAUCAAAGCUCUUUUGCGUGGUUUGGGACCGGCCCCAGAAGACGAGUCGGAAUCGAAUGAGUUCAAAGUCGCUUUCCUCAAGGUGGAAGGAUUACCCGAAGAAGCCAAGCCUGUGUUGAAAUUACAGAUUUCGUCACCGGUGGAGGAGGCCACACUGUCGGAAAUCUUUGACCCACUCGCCGAGGAUACCAGCAAAAUGAUGGCCGUUUUUCGCGCCGUAGAAACAAACCAAGCGACCAUGUCGAUUGAAGCCUCGGAUGCGGAUAUUCCUCUCGGAAAUGCGGAGGAAGUAUACGAUCUCGGUCCGCUGACGAAAUUUGACGGAAUGGAUCCGAAGAAAGAGUACGUGAACGAACUUUCGGUGAAAAUCGUCCCGGAAGACGGCGAGGUAGCAAUUUGUACUGUUCAGCUUCGUGUCACAUACGUUCCCUCGAAUAAGGACAAGCGCGAGGAGCUGUAUGAACAAUUGAACAAAACUAGUCAGCGAAAGGCGCAAGCCGUCAACAAACUCCGUCAAGUGGCGCUCGCUGCUAGUCGUGAUGCUCCUGCGGGGUCCGCCGGUCAAAAUAAAAAGCCCGCUGUCAAACCAGGCUUUUUGAAUAAACCGAACAAGGAACCAACGAAAAUGGAGGCUUGGUACAACCGAACACUGGGUCCCGACUCGCUGCUUCGCAAGCUGUUCCCCGUAGCGAAGAAUUAUGUGCUUUUCUUUGGAAUUGUGGGUGUCUUUCAUUUCAAAGGACAAGCUCUUGCACUUCCACCGCCGGUGUAA